AUGUUUAUUAAAUGAAACUUCAGUUUUUGAAGUUGUAUUAAUUUAUAUCAUUGUUGUUUGAACUGCGAGAAAUAUUAAGUGCUGCUUAUGUAUUGAUUACAUAACAUCAUCUAACCUUAGCCUCUGAACCGUAUAGUAAUAUCCCACGUGCUUAUAAACAAACCUAAACUAAGCGUGCUUUAUAGUCAUUUUAAGGUUAUUUUUGUAAAAGUGAACUGUACGUUUAAUUUGUGACUGAAACAUUAAUUAUAUUUUGUAUCUUUCUAUAAAUUGGAAAAAUGGGAAGAUAUUUCAUUAAAUUUUCAUAUCUUGGCACACAGUAUAGAGGAAUUCAGAAAAAUGUGAUUAAAGAUACAUAUAUUAUGUUGAAUGAUCCAGAUACUAUUCAAGGUGCUUUAGAAACUGCUUUUACAAUACUAAUACCAAAAUGUAUACAUCCACCAAGAAUGUACUGUAGUAGCAGAACAGACGUUGGAGUCCAUGCUUUGGGCAACAUAGGUCAGGUUGAUUUAAUCAAUAAGUACAAUGUUAUUUAUAAUCCCGAGGAAGCACUUAAAUAUAUCAAUCGAUAUUUGUUAAAGUGUAAUCAUGAUAUUAGACUUUUAGAGUUUGUUCCUGUGCAGCCAAAUUUUCAAGCGAAACACAUAAUAAAGUCUAGAACAUAUGUGUAUAGGUUUAUGAUACCCAAAAAUAAAGAUAAUCAUAAGAUUCCAAUUAUGGAAAGAUCAUAUUGUCAUUAUUUAAGAUCAGAUGAUAUUGACAUUGAAAGAUUAAGAAAUGGACUCAAGUUAUUUUUGAGAACACAAAAUUUUCAAACAUUCAGCGCAAAAAAAAUUGAUUCAAGACCCAUUAAUUACGUAAGGAAACUAAAUGUCUUAACGCUAGAAAAAGGUCAACCCUUUAUGCCACUUGAUCCAUUGUCCCAAGAUUUUGACUUUUGGAAUAUCGUAUGCUCAUCAAAAGGUUUUUUGUAUAAACAGGUCAGACGAAUUGUAUCAGCUCUAUUUGCUUUAGCUACUGGAAAAUUAACAGAAAGAGAUAUAACUAUAAUGUUACAAGUUCCUGGCCAUCACAAUUGGCCUAGUAAAAUACAACCAGUUCCAGGACAUGGUUUAUUUCUUGCAAAUAUAGAAUAUUGUCAAGAGGACUUAGAUCAAUAUAAAAUAGAAUAUGAAACGGAUCCUAAUCAUAGAAUAGUCAUACCAGUAGAAGGAAAAGAAGUAAAUUAUGCAAAAAUAUAAACAAAGUAGCCUUUUCAUA